AGUUCUCUUCGGUUUCCACUCAGACGCAGCAUGGUUGCUUUCAAGGGCCUUUAUCAACGCUUCUCCCACCUGGCCAAGGUUAUGGCUCACAAGCGGUUCAGAAGAUAUGACAAGUGGCGAGCGGUAGGAACAGAAAUGGCCAGUGACAAGAGCCUUGCAGUCUCAGACGGAGAGUUGAAUAUGGCUGCACGGAGCAGUACAGGCAGCAGCUCCAGCCUCCCUGGGACCCCGGGCGGAGAGGCUUGCCCGGCUAACAGUGUGCUAAGCUGGGCUGUCUCCUUUGAGAAGCUGUUGGAAGACCCCAGUGGAGUCAAUUACUUUACAGCCUUUCUGAAAUCGGAGGUGAGUGCAGAGAACAUAUUGUUCUGGCAAGCGUGUGAAAAGUUCAAGAAGAUCCCAGCUACUACAUCAUUGGAGGAGCUGAAGGUGAGAGCUCGCUCCAUCUAUGAAGCGUACUUGUCUGAAAGUGCUCCCCACUCUGUCAACAUCGAUGACACGGCCAAAAAAGAUGAAAAAGACUUGGACCACCCAACUCUUGAUAUGUUUGACAAGGCUCAAGCACAGAUAUUUAAGUUGAUGAAGAUGGACAGCUACAGACGAUUUGUGCGCUCUCCUCUCUACCAAAGCUGCACUUUGGCAAGUGUAGAAGGCAAACGUUUACCUCCGCUCUCUGCAGAACCUUUUCGCACGGUCUCCUGGGAGGAUGUGGCCAGUCGAAGCCCGAACUUAAGUGACAAAAAGAGCAAGACAGAGGAAGGCACUUUUCCAGCCGGCAAGAGCAUCAAACCGCGACAAAAAAGAGGGUCCUGGGGAGAUGCGUCCCACAGCAAUGUUUCUCUUUAUUACAGAGAGCAUAAAGCUGUCAAGUCGAGCAGUAAUGUGGAGCUUGACUCCCUCUACAGGGCAGCAGAGAAUGGCCAAUCGUGUCCUCGCUCCCCGGAGCAAGCCGGCAUUUCAGGAGGACGCUGUGGGAUGGAAGGCGGUUAUUGCUGCGUCUACCUGCCUGAUGGUAGUGCCUCCUUGGCUCCGACCCCUUCUGGCCAGCCCAUCAGAGAGAUGCUAGCCGGCCUAUGUGAGAAAAGAGGCUUCUCGCUAAAAGAUGUCUUCAUUUACCUUCAAGGCAAAGACAAGCCAUUAUCACUGGACCAGGACUGCUCUGUACUGAGAGAUCAGCAGGUUUUGCUUGAGCUUCGGGUGAUGUUUGUACUGGAAAAUGCAUUUACUGGAAAGACUGGUGGAAUCAUGGCAAAGUCAAGCAAGACACUGCAGGAUGCGCUAUCCACAGUGUUACAAAAACAUAGCCUAAAGCCUCACGAGGCCCAGGUUACCAUUGCUGGGAGUGACAAGACUGUGAACAUGAACACUACGGUGUUCAAACUAGCCAAUAAGAUGCUCCGGCUUGACAGAGCAAGAGGAAGAGACCCAAGCAACAUCACCAGAGCCAGUGGAACUGCAUUUGCCACACAGGCAGGAUCAGGUGAUCCGGAUACCCGGUUGUCCCCUCAGACCGACAAAGCAAAGACUUCACCAAAGCCCAGUAAGAACCCCGACAUGGAUGGGCUUCUGGACAUGCUGACGAGGGCCCAGUGCUGCAGGGUCGACGACCAGCGAGGUCUACUCACCAAAGAGCAGCUCGAGGUUCCUCUGUUCCUGCAGCUACCCGCAGACCAGGAAAAGGAGCCGCGGUCCGAAGAGUCGAGCACAAACGCCUCUUCGACUGCACAACCAGACAAGGUGACGGAGAGCUCACAACCCGUGGCUUCAGCUGAAUCUGAACACAAAGAUUUGCGGGAAACAUCUGUAUGAAAGACCUUGUGUGUGGGUGGGAUGGGGGGGGGGACGCUGAGGAAAAAUAAGAAAUGUAAAGAAAAUUCUCAACACUCAUGCGGUCACCUGAUUUUUUUUUUUUGUUUUUUUUUUUUUGUGUAGCACUUUUUUAGUCACCGUUGACAAAUAAGCUCUCAGGCAGCAUUGUGCUACUUCUUCUACCAAAGCUUGACUUCUUUCGGAAGAAGAGAAAGAAGGCAUGAGGACACAUUUGACAAACACUACACUUCUUUAUAAGGAGAGUGUUUCAUGCGAAAUAUUUUAAUCUAGCUAAAAUGAAAGCACCUUGUAAUAAUGCAGUUGGCUCUAUUUGUUUCACUUGUAUUUGAAUGAGAUUUCACUUCACUGCAUUGAGGAAUAAUCGUUGUGUAACUGUAAACUACAUCAGCAUGGUACUGCACAGUUUUUGAAUAUUGCAUGUUGUUUCAAGACGAUAUACUGUAGUGUUUUAAGGUUUGUUUUUUUUGUUGUUGUUUUGAAAAGACUUCAUUUGCCUGCUUGUUUUGCUUGUUUGCUUUUCUUUCAGUGUUUUGUUUGCUGUGAUGGUACAUUAAAGUCCUGCUCUGCUCCCACCUGAAACUUGUAAUUCACAAGCUCAUUAUCACUGAGUGUUGAAAUGCAGGAAGUCAAUAGAUAGUAGCAGCUUUAACGGCUCAAGGCACUAUCCAAACAAUUAAAAUCUUGUCAAAUAC